UCCCCGGCUCUGUGCGCCCGCUCUCCCGUUGUCAGAGGCCGCCCGGAGGGGCCCGCAGGCGAUGCGCGGUGCCGGUGGCCCCCGCGGCCCUCGGGGCCCCGCUAAGAUGCUGCUGCUGCUGGCGCUGGCCUGCGCCAGCCCGUUCCCGGAGGAGGCGCCGGGACCGGGCGGGGCCGCCGGGCCCGGCGGGGGCCCCGGCGGGGCGCGGCCGCUCAACGUGGCGCUCGUGUUCUCGGGGCCCGCGUACGCGACCGAGGCGGCGCGCCUGGGCCCGGCCGUGGCGGCGGCCGUGCGCAGCCCGGGCCUGGACGUGCGACCGGUGGCGCUGGUGCUCAACGGCUCGGACCCGCGCAGCCUCGUGCUGCAGCUCUGCGACCUGCUGUCGGGGCUGCGCGUGCACGGCGUCGUGUUCGAGGACGACUCGCGCGCGCCCGCCGUCGCGCCCAUCCUCGACUUCCUGUCGGCGCAGACCUCGCUGCCCAUCGUGGCCGUGCACGGCGGCGCCGCGCUCGUGCUCACGCCCAAGGAGAAGGGCUCCACCUUCCUGCAGCUGGGCUCCUCCACAGAGCAGCAGCUCCAGGUCAUCUUUGAGGUGCUGGAGGAGUACGACUGGACAUCCUUUGUAGCGGUGACCACGCGUGCCCCCGGCCACCGGGCCUUCCUGUCCUACAUCGAGGUGCUGACUGAUGGCAGCAUGGUGGGCUGGGAGCACCGCGGGGCACUGACGCUGGACCCUGGAGCAGGCGAGGCCGUGCUGGGUGCCCAGCUCCGCAGCGUCAGCGCGCAGAUCCGCCUGCUCUUCUGUGCCCGGGAAGAAGCCGAGCCCGUGUUCCGGGCAGCUGAGGAGGCUGGCCUCACGGGGCCCGGCUACGUCUGGUUCAUGGUGGGGCCCCAGCUGGCUGGAGGCGGAGGCUCAGGCGCCCCUGGAGAGCCCCCUCUUCUGCCAGGAGGCGCCCCACUGCCUGCCGGGCUGUUUGCAGUGCGCUCGGCUGGCUGGCGGGAUGACCUGGCCCGGCGUGUGGCCGCUGGUGUGGCCGUCGUGGCCAGAGGUGCCCAGGCUCUGCUGCGUGACUAUGGCUUCCUGCCCGAGCUCGGCCAUGACUGCCGUGCCCAGAACCGCACCCACAGAGGGGAGAGUCUGCAUCGGUACUUCAUGAAUAUUACCUGGGACAACCGGGAUUAUUCCUUCAAUGAGGAUGGCUUCUUGGUGAACCCCUCUCUGGUGGUCAUCUCCCUCACCAGAGACAGGACUUGGGAGGUGGUGGGCAGCUGGGAGCAGCAGACUCUCCGCCUAAAGUACCCGCUGUGGUCCCGCUACGGCCGCUUCCUGCAGCCCGUGGAUGACACGCAGCACCUCACCGUGGCCACACUGGAGGAGAGGCCCUUUGUCAUUGUGGAGCCCGCUGACCCCAUCAGCGGCACUUGCAUCCGAGACUCCGUGCCUUGCCGGAGCCAGCUCAACCGCACCCACAGCCCUCCUCCGGACGCCCCCCGCCCGGAAAAGCGGUGCUGCAAGGGCUUCUGCAUCGACAUUCUGAAGCGGCUGGCGCAGACCAUCGGCUUCAGCUACGACCUCUACCUGGUCACCAACGGCAAGCACGGAAAGAAGAUCGACGGGGUCUGGAACGGCAUGAUCGGCGAGGUGUUCUACCAGCGCGCGGACAUGGCCAUCGGCUCCCUCACCAUCAACGAGGAGCGGUCUGAGAUCGUGGACUUUUCCGUGCCCUUCGUGGAGACGGGCAUCAGCGUCAUGGUGGCGCGCAGCAACGGCACCGUGUCCCCCUCGGCCUUCCUCGAGCCCUACAGCCCUGCCGUGUGGGUGAUGAUGUUCGUCAUGUGCCUCACUGUGGUCGCCGUCACCGUUUUCAUCUUCGAGUACCUCAGUCCCGUCGGCUACAACCGCAGCUUGGCCACGGGCAAGCGGCCUGGCGGCUCAACCUUCACCAUUGGGAAAUCCAUCUGGCUGCUCUGGGCCCUGGUGUUCAAUAACUCGGUGCCCGUGGAGAACCCCCGGGGGACCACCAGCAAAAUCAUGGUGCUGGUAUGGGCCUUCUUCGCCGUCAUCUUCCUCGCCAGCUACACAGCCAACCUGGCCGCCUUCAUGAUCCAGGAGGAGUACGUGGACACCGUGUCUGGGCUCAGCGAUCGAAAGUUCCAGCGGCCCCAGGAGCAGUACCCGCCCCUGAAGUUUGGGACGGUGCCCAACGGGUCCACGGAGAAGAACAUCCGCAGCAACUACCCCGACAUGCACAGUUAUAUGGUGCGCUACAACCAGCCCCGCGUAGAGGAAGCGCUCACUCAGCUCAAGGCAGGGAAGCUGGACGCCUUCAUCUAUGAUGCGGCUGUGCUCAACUACAUGGCCCGCAAGGAUGAGGGCUGCAAGCUCGUCACCAUCGGCUCGGGCAAGGUCUUUGCCACAACGGGCUAUGGCAUCGCCCUGCACAAGGGCUCCCGGUGGAAGCGGCCCAUCGACCUGGCGCUGCUGCAGUUCCUGGGGGAUGAUGAGAUCGAGAUGCUGGAGCGGCUGUGGCUCUCCGGGAUCUGCCACAAUGACAAAAUCGAGGUGAUGAGCAGUAAGCUGGACAUCGACAACAUGGCAGGUGUCUUCUACAUGCUCCUGGUGGCCAUGGGCCUCUCCCUGCUGGUCUUCGCCUGGGAGCACCUGGUGUACUGGCGCCUGCGUCAUUGCCUGGGGCCCACCCACCGCAUGGACUUCCUGCUGGCUUUCUCCAGGGGCAUGUACAGCUGCUGCAGCGCCGAGGCCGCUCCGCCGCCGCCGGCCAAGCCCCCGCCGCCGCCGCAGCCGCUGCCCAGUCCCGCGUACCCGGCGGCGCGGCCCGCGCCCGGCCCCGCGCCUUUCGUGCCCCGCGAGCGCGGAGCGGUGGACCGCUGGCGUCGCACCAAAGGUGCAGGGCCCCCGGGGGGCGCGGGCCUGGCCGACGGCUUCCACCGCUACUACGGCCCCAUCGAGCCGCAGGGCCUGGGCGUGGGCGAGGCGCGCGCGGCGCCCCGGGGCGCGGCCGGGCGCCCGCUGUCCCCGCCGGCCGCGCAGCCCCCGCAGAAGCCGCCGCCCUCCUACUUCGCCAUCGUGCGCGACAAGGAGCCGGCCGAGCCCCCCUCCGGCGCCUUCCCCGGCUUCCCGUCGCCGCCCGCGCCCCCAGCCGCCGCUGCCACCGCCGUCGGGCCGCCGCUCUGCCGCCUGGCCUUCGAGGACGAGAGCCCGCCGGCGCCCGCGCGCUGGCCGCGCUCCGACCCCGAGAGCCAGCCCCUGCUGGGGCCCGGCGCGGGCGGCGCGGGGGGCGCGGGGGGCGCGGCCGGCGGGGCCCAGGCCGCGCCUCCCCCGUGUCGCGCCGCGCCGCCCCCCUGCCCCUACCUGGACCUCGAGCCGUCGCCGUCGGACUCGGAGGACUCGGAGAGCCUGGGCGGCGCGUCGCUGGGCGGCCUGGAGCCCUGGUGGUUUGCCGACUUCCCCUAUCCGUACGCUGAGCGCCUCGGGCCGCCGCCCGGCCGCUACUGGUCGGUCGACAAGCUCGGGGGCUGGCGCGCCGGCAGCUGGGACUACCUGCCCCCGCGUAGCGGUCCCGCCGCCUGGCAUUGUCGCCACUGCGCCAGCCUGGAGCUGCUGCCGCCGCCGCGCCAUCUCAGCUGCUCGCACGACGGCCUGGACGGUGGCUGGUGGGCGCCGCCGCCCCCGCCCUGGGCCGCCGGACCCCCGCCCCGGCGCCGAGCCCGCUGCGGGUGUCCGCGGCCGCACCCUCACCGCCCACGGGCCUCGCACCGCGCGCCCGCCGCCGCCGCCCCGCACCACCACCGGCACCGGCGCGCCGCGGGGGGCUGGGACCUCCCGCCGCCAGCGCCCACCUCGCGCUCGCUCGAGGACCUCAGCUCGUGCCCCCGCGCCGCCCCCGCGCGCAGGCUCACCGGGCCCUCCCGCCACGCGCGCCGGUGCCCGCACGCCGCGCACUGGGGGCCGCCGCUGCCCGCCGCGCCCCACCGGAGACACCGGGGCGGGGACCUGGGUACCCGCAGGGGCUCGGCGCACUUCUCCAGCCUCGAGUCCGAGGUAUGACGCGGCCCCGGGGGCCCCAGCGCCCCCUCGGUCAGCGCAGGCCACGGCCCGAGGGGGGGCACGCGCAAUGAACAGGACCCGCGUGGGUUGGGAAGGAGAAAAUGGACCUGGCCGGACCCCGCCUGGAGCAGCGUCGUGCGCCCCCUCGCUUUGGGGGCACUACGAGCCGCCCCAAAUCUCACCCAGCCUGAAAGGUGGGGGUCUCGGAGCCCACUGGAGUUUUUGGUUUUUUUUUUAAACCCGACAAGGGCUUUUUAACGUCACCAGAUGGGGCGGGAGGUGGGGGGUCACGCCACGCCCGCGUUCCACCCCCACGCCCGGGGCCGUGGCCCCCUCAUCACUGUGCAGCUCCCCGGCCCCAGCCACGCCUCCGGGGAAGCCCGUUUUUAACCUUUCAUCCAUCGGGACUCAAAACUGUGAGACGCGUUCGCCAAACUGUGACUCCAGACCUUGGCCCCGCCACACAGAAACCCCUGACCCCAGACUGUGACUUCCGACCCCUAAAAAUGGUCAUCCGACCCCAGACUGUGACCCCCGACCCCAAACUGUGACCCGCAUCCCAGACUGCACCCCGACCAGACUGUGACCCUUCACGUCAAACCUUGACACACCCUCCUCCUUUUCCAUCCUCGGUCGCUUUUCCUUAUUUUGACCUAGGACACUCCCAACGGAAGCCCCGCCUCCCCCUGCCCUAGCGUGGAUCCCAACCAACAUCGGGCCAAAACUUCCCACCCUGUCGCACCUCACUACCUGCCCCACGUGCCACCAACCACAGUCUCACCAAAUCCAGCCCUUAUUUGUGACCCUCCCAUGAUGACCCUGCAGACCCCCCCAAAAGCCUCCUCUUCCUAGAUCUCCAGCCGGGUCUGGAGCUGGGGUGUGGAGGGGACGGUCUGGGAAUCCACACCCACCACCAACCUCCCCUCCCACUCUCCUGUUACACAUUGCAGUGUUUGGAAUAAACCAUGUUUUUAUGCCUCCUCA